UACCUUCAGAAAUUAAUGGCCAUGAGUUCGUAUAUGGUGAACUCUAAGUAUGUGGAUCCAAAAUUUCCUCCCUGCGAGGAAUAUUCACAAAAUAACUAUAUACCUGACCAGGGAUCGGACUUCUACAGUCCAUCGCAGGACACAGACUUUCAGCAUCCAGGGAUCUACCCACGGUCAAACUACACGGAGCCCUUCGGCUGCAACACUGUGCAGGACUCCACUGUGCAGCCACGGGGUCAUGUGCGCGAGAGAUCCAGCCACCCGAGCUCUUUUAGCAUACAGACUGAGCAGAGGACCCCGGUCCAAGUGCCCGGACCCAGGACUUGUGGACAGCAGCAAAACACAAAGAGCCAAAAUGGGAUACAAGCCAAGCAGCCUGCAGUAGUUUACCCGUGGAUGAAGAAAGUCCACGUAACUACUGUGAACCCGGAUUACACAGGGCCAGAGCCCAAACGGUCCAGAACAGCUUACACCCGGCAGCAGGUUUUGGAGCUUGAAAAGGAGUUUCAUUUUAACAGGUAUCUGACCAGGCGGCGACGGAUUGAGAUUGCCCACACUCUUUGUCUCUCCGAAAGGCAGAUCAAAAUCUGGUUUCAAAACAGACGGAUGAAAUGGAAGAAAGAUCACAAACUACCCAACACCAAGGGCAGAUCUGCACCAGUCCCCAGUCAUCUGCAAAGCACUCAGAAGGAUAACCAGACUGAUAUCACAACAUUAUAA